CAAGUCGAUGGGUGCCCCGGUGGCAGUGUAACUUAAAGUUAGCACGUGAGCGCUACCAAGCUCCAGCUGCAAACACAUUUAUCAACGCAAGCAACUGUGAUGAACUCAUUUAGCGCCCCUCCAUUACCUCCAGGGUGGACGGAGCACGUUGGACCUGCGGGCCAACCAUACUACUACCACGCCGGGACACGAGAGUCUACCUACGUUCGGCCACUUCCUGCGUUCCCUAUUAUCUCACAAGCUAUCAUCCCGCAGCCUCCAAAGAAGAAAGACAAACCGUCGGUCAAAACCCCGAUACCUGGUACAGAAUGGCUUCGUGUAACGACGACGGAGGGGAACAUAUUCUAUUCACACAAGGCGAAGAAGCAGAGCGUGUGGACCGUGCCGGGGGAAAUAAAAGAUGCUCUUGAAGCAUUUGAGCGUGCCGAGAAACAUGAAGACGCGCAGAAGCAACAACAGGAAACAAAGGGAAAGGACGUCGAGAAGUUGGGGUUCGAAGAGGAGCAGGAGCUCAAACGGAUUAAGACAGAAAUGCAGAGCCUUGUAAAGCGAAAAGCGGAAGAACCUCAACCUUUGGACGAGGUUGUGAUUUCGAAAAAGGCGCGAGUAGAAGAAGAGGUUGAAGGCGAAGAGGAGGACGAGGACGAGGAAGGGGAGGAUGAUGAUGACGAUGAGAGCGAGGAGGAAGAGUGGCAACGCGAGGCUGCUGCACAACUCGCUGCUGAAGCAGAGGAGGAGAAGAAGAGGCUGGAAGAAGAAGCUAAGUUUGCACAGGAAGCAGAAGACACAGAAACCAAGAAGAUGCAAGAAAAUGAGAGGUCUCAGCUCAACAUGCCCGAUCGCGUCGAUCUCUCUAUUGAAGAGGCUAAGGCAUUGUUCAAGGUCCGUCACUACCUCUUGAUUGAUGACACCUUGGUUAACUUCAUCAACCAGACCUUACUUAGGGAAAAGGAUAUCAGUCCUUUACACCCUUGGGAUACUUCAUUACCCUUGUUUAUAUCAGAUCCGCGCUACGUCCUACUCCCUUCUGUUUCAGCGCGUCGUGAUGCAUUCGAUGAAUACUGUCGGGAUCGUGCGCGGGAACUACGGCAACAAAAUGUCAAGAAAGAAAAGGCAGAAGCAAAUCCUAAGGAAGAGUAUGAACGACUUCUUAGCCAAGAAGUGAAAAGCACGAGAGCAUCCUGGUCUGACUUUCGAAGGACAUGGAGGAAAGACCGGCGAUUUUACGGAUGGGGGAGAGAUGACCGAGAGCGAGAGAAACGAUUCAAGGAGUAUCUCAAAGAGCUUGGAGAGAAAAAGCGUAUAGCCGCCGAGAAGGCGGAGGCGGAUUUCUUUACUCUUCUGCGGGAGAGCGGUAUGGUCAGGUCAGAUUCAUCAUGGAAGGACGUGAAACGAAAAUUAUCCCAUGACGCACGAUAUGGUGCUGUCGGGUCUUCGUCUCUGCGUGAAGAGCUAUUCCAGACCUUCCUCAAGGCACACGGGUCUUCAUCUUCGCAUUCAACCUCUACUAAAGUUACAGAUGAAACGGGAAAACAUGAUACAGAAGAAGAUGCCGAGCAAAAGCGCAGAGACAAGAAGGAACAAGCCCUCAAAGAACGUGAACAAAAGGUGAGAGCUGAUCGUAGUCGUAUGGACGCCGAAAUAGGGCGCUCCAAGAUGGGUUUGAACCUGGAGGAAGGUGAAAGAGAAUUCCGCACACUGCUUACAGACGCAGUGCGAGAUCCACAGGCUACCUGGGAAUCGAUACGUCCCCAACUACAAACCGAUCCUCGAUUCAAUAACUCCCCUCUCCCUGUAAAUCAGCAAUUGCAUCUCUUUCAUACACAUAUGAGUCAGUUGCAGAUGAAACAUUUGGCCGGUCUACAUUCGUUGUUCCAAGCCCAUGCUCCAUCCUUAGCAACGCCAUUCUCUGCUCUUCCGCUUGAAUCCAUAUUAAAAUCGCUUCCGGUGACAAAACUCGCCUUUGACACUCGUGGUCUCCAGCAUGAAUAUGAGAAAUGGCAACGCGAACGGACAUACGAAUGCAGAAAAGCAUUCGACGAGAUGCUUGCGGAGAAUUCCUUUGUUGAGUUCUGGGGAAGACUGGGAAAAAUCGGAGGUGAAGGAGUCGAGGGAGGGGUCGACAUGAAAGCGCUCGCAAAGAGUGUGGACCUUUCGGACAUCGAGAAAGUGCUGAAGAAUGAUAAGAGAUACAUUAUGUUCGAGCAUGUGGCAGCACAGCGGGAACGAUGGUUAAGGGACUAUGUCGCAGGUCUGACUGCACCUAAACUAUCUGUUCAUAAGGAACACGCGUGUCGUCAGGUGACACUCGAACUGCGGUACUGCUGUUGGACUUCAAAGCACCAGACAAAGACCAACUCUCGUUCCCAGUUGACUCACCCGACAAUGCGUCUGCUGAGUCCUCUAAUCCUGUCACUUACAGCCCUCUCGUCGUGCGUUUUUGCGCAAGAUGCAGGUGCUAAUAAGGUUAAAUAUGACUACCAGAGCGAUGUUGCACGCCUGCGCAAGAUAGUUGUCAACAGGUGCAGUAGCCUCACAUUAGAGUCGACGUCGAGCGCUAUUAACUAUGUACUACGUACUGCAGUCUUUACUCAAACAGGUGACAUUGCAAUCCCUGAAGCUUUACACAUUCUCUUUGCUGAACCCACUUAUCUCAGGGACGUGUUCUUGCGGGAACUCAUUUCAAACGCCAAUGAUGCACUCGAAAAGCUUCGGCUCAUCGCGCUCACAGAGAAGAGUGUAUGGGAUGGUGUCUCCCCUCUGAACCUCACCAUCAAAACGGAGAAAGAUCCCAAUGGCGAGGGUGGUCGUAUCAUCAUUACCGACACCGGGAUUGGCAUGAGUGCAGCGGAACUGACAACUAACCUGGGCACUUUGGCAAAGUCUGGAACUUCUGACUUUCUUGCGGGAGUGGACGGCGACGACUCGACCGCAAGUGGCAAUCUUAUUGGUGCAUUCGGACUUGGUUUUUACAGCAGCUUCCUUGUAGCAGAUAAAGUCACCGUUGCAUCUUUAUCCCCACCCUCAUCCAAGAAUCCUAACCCUAUCCAGAAUGUCUUCAGUUCUUCUGCGGAUGAGGGUUCAUUCGAGAUAUACCCUGACCCACGCGGAAAUACCCUCGGGCAUGGAACUGAGAUUACACUUUAUUUGAAGGGUGACGCUUCCCAUUAUCUUGUGACCUCUAACCUCAUGAAGCUUGUUAACCAGCACUCUGGAUUUUCGACUGCCUUCCCGAUUUACAUUUGGUAUGAGGCCGAGGAAGAAGUUCCCGACGUAGACGAAGAGGUUGUUCUAAAUGAGCAAGAAGAGAAAUCUACUGACGUGGAUGAGGAUGAAGCCGUGGUGGAGGAAGAUGCAGAGAAGGAAUCCGCAUCUCCCAAGAUGAAGAAGGUCAUAGUUGGUCACUGGGAACACUUGAAUGCGCAGCCUCCCCUCUGGAUGCGUGAUCCGAAGACAGUCACUGAUGAAGAAUAUGAGCUACUGUACCAGGCAACCUUCAAAGACUUCCAGAAACCCCUUGCAUGGCAUCAUUUCCAUGGUGACUCGGAAUCCGGCGUGUCUUUCCAUGCUCUCAUUUACAUUCCCUCGCGUUUGACUGAGGAGUUUUUCAACAAGCCACUCGAUAAUUCGGCAAAGGACGUCAGACUGCUGGUGAAACACGUGUUCAUCACCUCUGACCUAGGUGAAUAUAGCUUGCCGAAGUGGGCUAGCUGGGUGAAGGUCAUUAUUGACGCUGAUGACCUCCCAUUGAAUGUCUCUCGCGAAACCCUCCAGUCCAGCUCUUUCCUCAAGCAGAUCAAGCAAAUUAUUUUACGCCGUCUCAUCCAGCUCUUUUCUAAAAUUGCUGAAGAAGACCAGGAAAAAUAUGCAGAGAUCACAAAGCAUUAUGGCCAAGUCUUGAAACUGGCCGCGUCAGAGGACAGUAAAAACCGCCAGAAACUGGCAGCUCUUGUACGCUUUGACACAAACCAACGGGAAGCCGUAUCGUUUGACUCGUAUUUGGAGAACAGGAAGCAAGGACAAAAGCAGAUUUUCUAUCUCGCUGACAUGGGCAAAUCCAUCGACCAUCUAUCUCAAAGCGUGUUUGUAGAAAAGUUGCACGCCCGCGGGUACGAAGUACUGCUUCUGAACGAGCCAUUGGACGAAAUCAUGCUUCAAAGCAUCCGAAAUUGGAAAGGUGUCCCAUUCCAGGACGUCGCCAAGGCUGGAUUGGACUUCGGAGAUGACACCCAAGAGGAGAAGGAUGAAAUCGCGGAACUGACGGACAAAUACGCUCCCCUUCUUGAGUGGUUGAAAAUUGAGGCUGGUGACAAUGUCAAGAAAGUGAUCGUCUCUAAUAGGCUCGUCACGAGUCCUUGUGCAAUUGUCGCAGACAGCAUGGGUUUCACGGCAAAUGUCCAGAAGCUCAUGAGUGCCACAAGCCGCGGGGCCCAGCAGAACGAUGCUAUGCAAGACUAUAUGAAGAAGCAGAAGGUUCUGGAAAUCAAUCCGCGAUCGCCGUUGAUCGAAGGCCUCUUAGAACACGUCGAGCAAUUGAAUGCAGAUGGCGAUGACAAAGACCUAGAUUCUGAGGCACAGCUCAAAGAGGUUACUUCCAUCUUGAUCGACGGGGCUCUUGUUCGUUCCGGGUUUGAAGUUGCCAACUCCAACAUGUUUUUGACUCGUGUGGAUAGAGUGCUCAGGCGAUCACUGGGUGUCUCUGAGACCGCACCGACAGAUAACACCGUGAAACCAGCUCCUCCUGUUGACCCAGAGCUGCCUAGUGACAUACCCGAUCCUGAUGAAGUGAACAGCAACCAGAUUCAAUUCGAGAUGGAGGAAAUUGAUGAGCAUGGAAAUGUUGUUCACGAUGAACUGUAAUGUUGCAGUAGAUCUCAUAGCAGUUCAACGUUCAGGCUGGUCAAUAAUAAAAUUAGUGUCUAUUUACACCUGACCAAACGACUCGUGGGUGAUUUUAUAGUUUAACAACGUUCAAGUCUGAG